AGGACGGCCUCUGCCCGUUGUACACACGUGCAAGGUCAAGGAAAUAUCGAUAUACUGCGUGUGUGCUACAGCAGAAAGAGGGUUUUUUCUCUCUCUCCAGCACCAUCAUGCUUCAACGCUCCGAGCUCCGCCUCGGUCUGGGCAAGGUCCUCUACGGUCCGCGUUCCACCCUACCUCCUGACUUCUACCGCUGCUGCACCGACUACUUCAAUAUUCGCCUUCACGAGGACACCUUCAUUGGCAUCCGCUCGUCGCAGCAGCGUGGCCUCUUCCUCUCUCCCGACCGUGCCGCACCCCUCCCGGCCAACAAGCCGUUAGCCACCAUCCCCCUCAAUUCCCUGUACACCUUAUCGAACAUCGCGAGAAAGCCAAACACGCUCCACGACGUGUCCGUUGCAGAUGUGCGCAGCGCCAUCCGCGACGACGAGUUCCGCAUCAUGGCCCCACAGUUCUAUCUGGGCCUGCAGAUGAGCGCCAUCAUCGCGAGCCUGCCCGAUAUCAUGCAGUCCGAGUCGCAGGAGGAGCUGGAUCGCGUGAGCGGCAUCCUGCGGGCCGGCGCGAACCCCUACGCCCGCCUUUUAGACGACGAAGACUUCAGCGAGGAGUUUGUGUUUGGGAUGUACGGCAUGGCGCUUGACUCGUGGCAGCGCAGCAGCUACGAGGAGAUGACGAAGAAGUACCAUCUGGCGCUGACGUCCGUUCACGAGGCGGUAAAGCCGCCGUUUAAGUUGGAGCACUUCCAGCGUAUUACGCGGCUGGUGCUUGCGCGGGUCGAACACGUGCCGCCGGCGGGCUACUACGACGGCAGUGCGUUGGUGCGAAGGAUGCAGCGACGGUGGCGGCGGUGGAAGAAGACGCCUGACCCGUCCGAUGUCGCGCUUGUGCCGUUCCUGGACCUCGUGAACCACAGCAACCGGCCGAACUGUGCGGUGCGGGUUGGGCCGUCGCCGGUGCUCAACGGAGCGGGCGCCAUUACCCUCUUCUCGCUGCGAGACAUUCAGCCCGGUCAGGAGCUCUGCCGGCAUUACAACUUCGCACUGAACCGUGCGAGUGCGCUGUUCCGCUACGGCUUCCUACCGUUUGAUCUCAUCUCCGUCGUCGACCACGACGCCAUUGACGAGUACCUGACGAAGAACGCGUCCAUGUUCAAGCCGGAGUCGCAGGAGGAAGUGGAGAAGCGGGAUCGUGAGCAGCGGGAACUGUCGCGGCUGGAGACGAUCUUCCAAACAGCAAAGAGCAGCGGCGGUGGCGGAGAGGCAGCGAAUGUCCCUGGCGGGCUAGCACCGGAUGCCGCGAUGGGCGAUCGAAUCUCUCGUCGAAACGAGUGA